UUCGUUGGAUCAAUGUCCUGCGAGCGCUUGCUCACCGACACGAUCAAGGGCGGAGACAGAGAUCUUUUACAAACUCUCAUAGAUGUGCAAGAUUUAGUUAAGGAUAAACUCCAAGAGAUUCGUGUUAGUCCCUGGAACAAGACUUUGCUGCAUGUAGCGGCGGAAACUAAGGGCAAUUUUCACAUCAUCGAUCUGCUCACUGACGUAUUUCGUGAUGUCAAUGUGAAGACCUUGAGGGAGCAGACGCCGUUACAUUGUGCAGCGGAUGUGAACAUCGCUAAGAAACUUGUGGAGGCUGGAGGCAAAGCUGACCAAACAGAUCAAUUUGGAGAGUCGCCUGCGAUGGCCGCUGCGAGGAACAAUCAUUGGGACGUAGCGGAAUUUCUAAUCGUAUACAACGGUUUCGUCACAAAUAUGUCAAACAAGUUCGGUCAAACCCUGCAAAGUAUGGCCGCACUUUGGGAAGCUCCUUCUUCAGUGAAAAGACUUCUUCAGGCGCAGUCGUAAGGCUAUCCUGUGAUGAAGAAGAAGGCGAUUGGG